AUGAUAACAGUCAGUGCUUUUGGCGCUUACCGCGUGCCAGCCUCACUUUUGACUGCAUGGAGUCUGCCAGCCGCAGCCCAGCUCAUCCUUGAUACCCACCUGCGUAACACCAUCUAAAGUGAGAAGGACAUUGCUCUGGCUGUGCUUGGGACCCCUGGGACACCCCAGACUCAUGGCUGACUCAGAUAAUCGCUGGCCAGACCCACCAUUACAAUCAGGCAGGGCACUGCCAUAGAGCAGAGGGAAGUGGUAACCUACUGCGACACCAAGGAUGUCAACAUUACCAUUCACUGGGGCUCCAACAAUCUCCCCCUGACGUUUCGCAAGUGUGUUCGGCUGUCCCCAGAUGGCAGGAACCUCACCAUCCUCCCUGUCCAGUGAGAGGACUCUGGGACUUACCAAUGUGAAGCUUGGGGUGUCCACGAGGCCCAGAGUAGUGACCCCACCUUCCUGACUGUGAACUAUGGUCCUGACCCCAUUGAAAUCAGUCUGGAUCCUGGUGUCCCCAGUGGAGAGGUGGUUGGGGUGACAGAGGGCUCUAGCGUGACCUCGGUGGAAAUGCAAUCUUACCCCUCCCCUGCCUUUUCCUGGUCUCUCCCCUGUGACAUCUCCUCUCUCACCACAAGGACAUUCACCAUCCAUGCCAUGUCCAUGUACAGGUGUUUGGUGUCCAACAGUGCUACCCACCCAUCCUGCUUGGGAGCUCUUGAAGUCCGAGUCUUUGAAAGGCCGACCAAGCCUCUCCUUGAGUCACCACGCCUGAAUCUCCUGGAGAACGCCAGUUCUGUGGCUCUGAGUUGUCAGAACCCCCACAAGGGGGCUCAAGUCCAGUGGUUACUGAAGUGCCAGCCCCUCUUUCCUAGCCGACUCAUGGAGCUGUGGGCCGACAGCAGGACCCUGGUCAUCCAUGGCCUCUGGCGGGAUGACAUGGGGCCCUGCGAGUCUGACCCUGACCGCGUGGACAUCAUCAGGGGGUCGGAAUCUGGGGUGGGCAGCAACGUCAAGGCAGAGCUGAAUUCCAGCUUGACCCUGCAGUGUCGGGCCGAGUCCCAGCCAGGCGCUGACUGUCAGUGGACCCUUGAACAUGCCGCCAGUGUGUAUGUGGGGGAGAAGCUGAUCGCCCAGGCCCUGUCCUGGUGACACCAGGGCAUCUACAACUGCGCCGCCUUCAACCCUCUGAGCCACCCGGCCCGCUCCGCCUUGGUCCUGGCCAGAGUCGUAGGGCCCCAGAGAUUGUCCCUCUCUGGAGGGGCCAUCGCUGGCAUUGCCGUCAGGAUCCUGACUCUCAUUGCCCUGUCCACAGGCCUGGGCUGUUUCCUCCAGAUCAGAAAUGCCAGAUGGUAA